UCUCAAUUUCUACCUAUAGAAGGUAGAGGUCUCUAACCCAGAAGAAAGUGGCCCCAUGCUGUGAAGCAGGGAAGGUCAGACCCAGCAACCCAGAGACCAGGCUCAGGGCUUUCUCAGACCUCUCGCUUUGCACUCCUCUGUCUCCCAGGGGAGAGCCUCACCCCAGCAUUCUGGCAUCCUGGGAAAGGCUGUCCCUUUCUCCUCCACAACUGUGAUCUGUUGCUGAACUUCCGGUUUUGGUAAUCAUGUCUGGGGUAUUUGACACUUAUCAGAGCUGCCCCAAUGACUCAGCCAUGAUUCCCGUAAGAUGCUAGACAAACAGGAGUGCAGGUGACCAUGCACUUCUCAGCUCUCUGCAUCAGCAGCUCAGCAUGACCAGGUCCCAAGCCACACCUGAGUGGCACAGGAUGGAGUAAGUGUCCCCAAGAGUAAGUGCUCCUGGAUCUGCUGCUGCCACCAUUGCUCAGAUCUUGGUGAUGGACAUCUUGACCCAGGAUGCAGCAAGUGUUACCCACAAGCUGCCUGGCAUUCUUUAAUCUGACACUGCCAACUGCUGAACUCCCAGUGCCCAGAAGCCCCAACCCUAGGCUAGGAACCAUCCCACGUAGGUCACCAUUGUCAUUGCUGGAGUGUUGGCUAUAGCUCAGCCUCUAUCAGAAGGAGCAUAAAGAAGAGCAUUACAAACUUGUGAGGAGUAAGAGAAAAACGGGGAGGUAAAAUUGUCUCCCUGGGGCCUGUGUCAUGGAACAGCAGGUUAAGUCACCACCUGCAACUCCAGCAUCCCAUACCUCAGUGUAAGUUUGAGCACUGGUUCCCCACUUCCAUCCCAGCUCCCUGCUCAGACAACUGGGAAAGCAGUGGAAAACUGUCCCCAUAUGUGGGCUCCUGCAACCCAUGGGAGAGAUGCAGAUGGAGUUCUGCCAGGCUCACUUUGGAAUGACAACCUUUUAUGGGGGAGGGGUGAACCAGCAGAUGUAACACAAUGCUCUGUGUCUCUCCCUCUCUCUCUUUCACUCUUUCAAAUAAACUUAAAGAGAGAGAGAGAGAGAGAGAGAGAGAGAGAGAGAGAGAGAGAGAAGAAAGGACAACCAUGGCAUGAGAAUCAGAUUUCCUGUUAUGCCACAGCCAGACCUAUGGAGUGCCUAAGAUGUGGCAGGAGAGGCCAGGGAAGCCCCUCCUUUUCCUAGAACUCUAAGCAUGCCCCAUUCCUUGUCCAGCCCUUCUUGGGAUCUCCCACAUCUAGGGUGUUUGCAUCAUACAGGUGAUGCCAGGCUUAGGGGUUCCUUGGCACUACAGCACUGCUGGCAUCCCUUCAAGCAGAUGCUAGAAUGAUCCCCAGAGACAAGAAGAGAGACUGAGAAUGUCCAGAGAGGGACAAUGAUCUGUGCAGGAUCAAACUUGUACAAGGAUGAGAGAGCAGGUCUGAGCCAGGUGACACUGUCUGCCACCAGGCCAGCCCUGUGGCAGGUGCUGCCUGUGUUGGUGCAACUGUGGACAGUGGGCACAUGGCAUGGGGUAGUGGAAUAGGUAGUGCCCACUGAGAAUUUGGGGAUAUUUUGUGUGAGGAGGGGGCUGAGCUUAGGAGCCACAGGAAGUGGCCUCACUAUGUUGGUGAUGACCUAUUGAACUGGCUGCCCCGGCAACCACCCCAACAUUCCAGAGUUGAGUCUAAGCCAGCUCACUUGGAUAAGAGUCUCAUAAGAAGAUGUUCCUUUGUUGCAUCCCGCGAUGCCGAAGCCCAGGCCCCAAGAAACCCUGCUGUGGGCGCCUUGCCCAGUGGUGGGGACAUUGGGCCAACCCUCACUCCCGACGUACCUGGCGCUUAAAACAGAAAAAGGCCAGGGUCCAGGACCAGUCAGCCUCGCCCCUGGAGCAGCACAGCAGGCUGGGGAUCGCCAGCAGCCCAGACCUGCAUCAGUUGCCUAAAACUGAUGAGCUCUGUGUGGUGGGGCAGAGGUCAAACAUGCUCACAGCUCUGAAGCUACCAUCACAGACGUUCCCCAGCAUGCACAAACCACCUGAGGUCCCGCUCAGUCACUUGGUAACCGUUGCCCAGAGAGAGCCCAGGGGUUCCAUAAAUGCCCAUCUCACAGCCGGGACAGUGGGGCCUGAGGACAGCUCCACCUGUGCUGGAAGUGAAGCAAGGCAAGGGCCAGGCCCGGCACCUGACCUCAUGGCUGGAGCGGAACAGACCACUGACCUUCAAGCAACAUUCCUGCUGGAGCAGUGCUGGCCCUCCAAGGAGGAGCACUGGCACAAGGAUACGUGGGGGACAGCCGUGUCCCCAGGGGCCGAGCAGGGCCCACCAGACACAGCACUGGCCCCGGCCUCAGCCCCAGCUCCUGCAGUCCCUUCUGCUUCAGCCCCAGUGCCACACCUGUCCUUCCCCAUCCCCGUGAUCCUGUAUUUCUCUUUACUCCUCCCCAUUGUGUUCCUUUUCUCCACCUUAUUGUCCCUAUACUAUAAUAAAAUUUAAUUCCUUA